CGGUUCUGGAUGGCCCCCCCGGUUGCGCGUGUAGUAGACGCUCUCACAGGCGAGCUGGUGUGCGAGGUGGUGCUGGAUGCGGCGCUGACUUUCCGACGCGUCGCCUUAGCGGCGCAGGCGGCGAGCGGGCUGCACGCCAGGAACAUACGGCUCCUCUGGAUCGGGAGGUCGCUGCGGGCCGGGGGCGACAGCAGCGUGGUGGAGGACCUCCGAGCGUGCUGCGAGUCUACGGUGAUCCGGCUCGUGCGCGUGGAGCCGCACUGGGAGCCCUUCCUGGACCGCCUGGCGCAGGGCGCGGCCGCCGUGGGGCCCGAGGAGGAGGCGCUGCUCGCCGACGUGGGUUUCCUGCGCGCCCUGGUGCUCGAGGACGGGCUCCUGCUGCGCUUGGCGCCGGAGGAACCUGGGCUGCGGGGGGACCUGGAGCUGAUCCGGCUGGCCGUGCGAGACAACGGCCGCGCGCUCGGCUACGCCCCUGCCGAGGCAAGGGGCGACAAGGCCACCGUGCUGCUGGCGGUGGGCUCCAACGGGUCCGCGCUGGAGUUUGCAGCGCCGGCGCUGCAGGCUGAUCCGGAGGUGGUGGCGGCGGCGGUGGGCAACGACGGCGAGGUCCUGCGCUUUGCCUCGGAGGCGCUGAGGCUGACGGAGGAGGUGCCACCUGGAGGGGGCUGCCAGCAAGAUGCCCUCGGCGCUGGUCCACGCCCACCCCAUCCUGCUCGAGGAGACCUCGGUUUCGUCGCCGCGGCGGUCCGCGCCAACGGGGACGCGCUGCAGUACGCCCCCCCGGGGCCCCGGGAGCACCCGGAG